CAAGAGCUGAUACACUCGUGGGCGUAUAAUCUCGUAUAUUACAUUGUGACAUGUUUCAGACACUAUCCGAGUGACUUAAGAGGGACGUAUCAACAUUAUUUCGCUCUCCAGCUUGUUAUCCCGCAAGGCCAGCUAUGAUGUUCCUACUGACCCUUGUCGUAUGUGUGUUGUCUGGACUUACACAUACAAGUGCACAACUCGGCGACAACUUUUUAGAUGUUUUGCUUGAUAAAUACGGUACCAAUGGAGUGUUGUCCAAGGAGGGUUUUUAUAAACUCAGCACUAACAUGGGACUGGACCCCUCCGUUGUCUCAGAUGGAAGCACGUGUAACACAACUUCGGGGACCACGUGUACACCCAGGUGUUUGGGGUAUGAAGAUAUCUUCCAGAGGUAUUCCAUAGCCUCUAGUCUGAACAGCACCAGUCUGACUAAGUCUUUACCAGCAAUCAUCUACUCUGUACAAGAUGUCCACUGCCAUCAUUCAACUGAGGAAGACGAGGAAACAAAAGAGGAGGAAAAACCUAGUUCUGCUGAAGCAUGGGGGCUAAGCAUUGCCUCGGCAUCCGUUAUUGUCUUUAUUUCCAACAUCGGGGCAUUUUUCAAGCCGUGUAUGAAAACACAAGGAUUCCAGCGGAUCAUGUAUUUCUGUGUAUCCCUGGCAGUAGGAACAUUGGGCGCUACAGGGCUUCUAGUUCUUAUUCCAGAGUCUCUAGGUAUCGCAGGAGAUGAUAGUCCCAUCCCACAAUACAAGUGGAAACUAAUCACUGCUGUCGGCGGCAUCUACGUUUUUUACCUGACAGAACGAUGUAUCAACUGGAGAGCCAGCUACAAGAAGAAAAAGAGAAAAGAGAUUAAUUUAUCUGAAGGCGAGUCUUUGCAAAACAAUGUUCAUAGUCAUGCACAUGGGGCAGAGGAUGGUGUGGCGACUGUGGCGUGGACCCUUCUCCUCGGUGACGCUCUUCACAAUUUUUCUGAUGGCCUCGCUAUCGGAGCUGCCUACACGGAGAAUGUUGCUCUAGGGAUUAGUGUGUCACUUGCAGUUCUCACCGAAGAACUGCCGCACGAGCUGGGUGACAUAGCCAUUCUCUUGCACACUGGAAUGACGAUCAAACGAGCGUUGUUGCUAAACUUCCUCGCGGCUGUGACGAUCUACAUCGGAAUGAUUAUAGGGAUUGUGGUAGGAGAGAAUACGGAUGCCAACACAUACAUCUUUGCCUUUGCUGGGGGUCUCUUUGUCUAUAUAGCUCUUGCUGAUAUGAUUCCAGAAAUGAAUAACCAGGCAAAAAGUGCAGAAGUAAGAGGAGAAGAUAGCAAUCUUGUGGUGUUCUCGCUUCAGAAUGUAGGGCUUCUCGUUGGAUUUGGAAUCGUGAUUUUGAUAGCAACACUUGGUGGAAAUAUUGCUGUGUAGAAUAUACCACCUGUUCAAGAGGAUCCAUAGAUUUUUCGAUACGAAAUGAUUUCUGCAUUUAUACCUUUGAAAUAGCUUUGACAUUUUACACUUUUGUUAUAUAUUUUUAUAUAUGAUACAAACUUUUUUGUAUUGUUGUCUGUCGUUGAAAUGAUACCUGAUUGCAUUUAUAGUAAAUGUCAGAUUGUAUCCUUAUGAUAACCAUUCAAAUUCCCGCGAAAAUAACAAAUUAAUAAAAUUAUUUCAAAACUGGCAAUACAAGUUAAAAAGCUGCCAAACUGAGAGUAAAAAGAAUAGAUAUUGAACAAAAGCUGUAUUUUUUUAGAUCUUUUUUCUUGAUUGAUCUGCCUUCUGAUUUAACAAUAAUCGACGUUUAUUCGGUUUAUAUUACUCGCCCUAAUAUUGACGUUUGAUAGAGCUGCAGAGGUGAGGCGUACAAUUAACUUGAGCCAAAUAAUAUAUCAUCAAUUUACUUAUAUGAUAUAUAUAUAUUAAUAUGAAAUUACACUGUCCUUCACUUAUAUCUGCCUUUCCAAUAUGUUAUAUCCUUGGUAACCAUGCCAUUGAGCGAUGCUAAUAUCUCUCGUGAUAGCUUCUUUUAGUUGUGUCGGUAUCUCCUUAUGUCUUUAAGACAUACAAAAAUAAUUUCAUCAAUAAAAGCAAAAUUCGAGAUAUGUUUCAUUCAAAUAAUUUAUCUUUAGAUUUUUUUUCAAAAGUUCUUAAAUAAUAAAUAUAACAUUUUAUUCUUUUAUAUAUCAACUUGAAAUGUUGAAGUUUUAAUUAGCUGAUUUAGAUUCAGAUGCUUGUGGUAGGUUGCUAACUUUUUAACUUCCAAGAUAAAGUCUCCUAAUGGCAGCUAUAUAUUUAGAAACCGUUGAAUGAAAUAGGUGAUGCAUUUUUGAUAUACGAUAAAUUUCAAAUUAAAUGUGUUUGCUUAUAUAGAAAUUAUCUCCAAUCAAUUUCUGAGCUAUAGGUUGAUAUUCUCCUGUAAGUAUAGGGGUAUUUGUUCAAUCCCUGAACCGCAGCAGACUGUUUGUUUUCAAUGAACUGAUAUUAAAGGAAGGAGGGAGAAUAAUAGAAUAUGACACUGAAAAUAACGCGACAGAAAAUGGUGCAUGGUACAUCAGCGAGUCAUUUAAUUUCGACGGAGUUUAUAUGAACUUCUCAGGGUAUGUGCGGGGUUUUGCGGGUUGGGAGUUGGUGGUAAGGGUAAGGGCUUGGAUAGGAAUAGGCAGAUAUAUUCCAACUGGAGCAAUUUACCUUUUUAUUACUAAUUCCACCAUAAUUUUUAAAAGAGUUUCCAAAAAACCCAAGAUCCGUUAUUUUGUAGAGAUAAUUUCCACACAUCUAGCACAAGCUUACAUGCUAAAAUUUCCCGAUUAUCAGUUUUAUAAUGAGUUAUUUUCAAGUCUUCGCAGCCAGUAAACAGGAUGAUAAACAUCUUAAAUCACAUUAUUCUUGUCACGGAUGUUCUCUACCUUGUUUACCAUUUUCCAGUGUUCGUGUUGUACGUGUGCUUUUUUUCUCUCGGUUAUAAACAGGGUAACAUGUCUCCAUUUUUAAUGAAUUGAUACACUUGAAGUAUGUUGAACAGCUUUUUAAAAGCAAACAACAAUAUGUAGUAAAUUGCAUAUAAAUUUUCUGCUGAGGUCAAUACUGUUAGGGUUGUUUGUUUACCUGACGGUAACUUCAUUAUAAACAUAGUGUCAACCUUUCUAUAUUGUUGUAGGGUUUCAAUAAUUGGGACAAAUAUUUACUAGUGUUGCCACAAAACGAAAGAAAAAAAACCCAUAAGCAUAGCAUAGAAUCUGCUCUGAAUGGAAAGAAUUCACGACUGCUAUAAAAAAUAGAAUUCCGAUGACCUGUCUGUGAAAACAAUAUUGCAUUAUAUUACAUAUACCAUUUCUUUUUAUCUAUUUUUUUUCUCAGUUUUAUAACCCGAAAUAACAAAUAUAUUUUUAUUGCUGAACUAAAUUUACUCUAUAUGGCAGUCACUGAUAAAGACGUAUCAUCAGCGGAUGUAUUUUAUCGUAAUCCUAAAUGACAUUGAAUCGUGUCAAUGAUUUAUUAGCACCCAACUAACUUUAAUAAUUCAUAACUGUAGUGCAAUCAAUUUAGGGUCAUCAAUAUGCAAGUGAGACACAUUUAUUUGCAACCGAAAUAUCAUCAAAAGCAAGUGAUACACAAUCAUAUGUAGUUAUGAUAAAAUGUUAUACAGUGUUACAUAGAUAUAUGAUACAAUAUAGAAUAUUCAAAUACAAAACAUUAAUAUAAACUUUAUUUCAUGUUUAUAUACAUUUAACAAUACAAUAACAAUCCUUAGAAUCGGAUUCGGAAACAAGUUUUUUCAACACAUUAUUAACAUUAUACUGAUAUACAGGUAUAGGACAAUCAUGUACAGGUAUAGACAGUUAAUUCUAUGAUAAAUAGCCCAAUGAAACAUAAGCAAAUUAACAUUUUGCAUGAAUAUGAAAUUCAUGUACUAUGUCGGUAAUUGAUUUACAAUAUCAGAGAGGUUUUUCCAUAGCAUGCUGUGUGUAAUGUAAACAUAUAGAAACUUUAAAAUGUUAUCAGUGAAAUUUCACCAUUGUCAUUUGUACAUAAUACAUGAAAUCAUUUAUGUGAAAUACAAGUCAAAAUAUCGCAAGACAAGAGUCAACAUGAUGCUAAUUUUCGUCCACAUUUGACUGACAAGUGUUAAUGCAUCGUCCAUUUUGGACAUUAAUGUCAUUUUCCCAUCAUUUUUUAACGUAAUUGUUUUUUUUUUUACUUUUUUGUACAACUUUUUUAGCCAAAAUGUUUUCAUUCUCAUUUGAUAUUUUUUCAUUCUAAGGUUUAACCUAUGUUGAGAAGGUCGUUAACAAACUUAAAACUUAAUCUAAUGUGCAUCACAUUUGUUUAAUCAAAACAAAACGGUCAAUGUUGUCUGUAGUCGUAAUUUUCAUACAAUAUUAUGUAUAUUGUCUCAUGAUAUGACAUCGAAUCUUUUUUAUAAAUCAUUUUACAUUAAUUGUAUAACUUUACAUGUGUAUUUGUCAUUUUAUUGUCUUUUGGGAACAAAAUGGCAAAAUACAAUGUAGAUUUAGAUUGUACGGUGCAUUGAGUGACGUUGUUUACAUUUGUUUAUGAAACAACCACUUUAAGUGAAAUUUAUAAAAUAUGUUUCUGAUAUAUAUGUAUUCAUAUUAUAUGACAUGUUGGAAUAGACAUGAAUUAAUUCAGACAGUUGUUCCAUGGUGCCUUCAUUUAUUUUUCAUACAUAUAUAUAUGUGUGUGUGUGUGUGUGUGUGUGUGUGUGUGUGUGUGUAAAUACACACACAAAUAGUAUAAUUAUACUUUUAAAUAUGCGGCAACAGAAAAAAUGUUAUUUUCCCAUUGUUAUAAGUAUAUAUACUUAAGAUGUUAUCUUUUCAAUUGUUCGCUGUUGAACUCAGUGUCGAAGUUACAUAUUUGAAAAAAAAUAUUAUCUAAAAAAAACAAAACAAAAAAAAAUAAUCCAGAAAAAUUAAACAGUAAUGGCAUAAUUUCUAGCAUAGACCAGUAUUGUCGCAACUGUAUUCCGCUAUAUCUUUAUAUAUGUCACCGGAGUAUUUGGCUUUAUCUAAAUAAAUUAUGACAGUUAAGACGUUUUUAGGGACUCGGUGAAUAUUCGAGAGAAAAUGACACAAUUUCAGGGUGUAUAUUGAGCUUCUAAAAACCCCUUAAAUGCUGUAAACACGUCAAGAUAGAUUCAAAUAAGGUUGUGACAUGUUCUCAUGUCCCUGUGUUUAUAUACAUGUCAGCGACAGAUGAUUAUGUAUAUUAUCAAUUGUUAGCAGUAUAGCAAGAAAUUUCUAUGAGAUACCAAUGAUAGCAACAGUAAAUGUUGCCAUUGCAUCGAUAUUGAUAACUAUUUUUUGUUUAUGAAAUGUUAUAAAAUAGAAAUAUGUAUUUUGAUUUGUUAAAUGCCAUAUACAUUUCAUUCAGAAGGAAGGCUAAACUUGCCGGUAUUUUAUGAGUGUCCAGAGCACGUGAAUAUUGUUAGUCCCAUGCCAUGCUCAAGACAAUAUAUAUUUGUUGUUCUACGACGAAAUUAAGCACCAUUAUUUACGGACAUGUUUCCAAGAACUCACUACUCAGUGGGUUGUUAUGUAAAUGAUUUUUUUAGAGUUUUUGCAUUUGUAAUUGUUUCUAUUUUGGUUUUGAAUGCUGUCAGUUAUAACUACCCUUUUCUUCAGCUUCAAGCUUCAUUAACAUAAUAAAAGCAUUUGAUUUAUA